AUAAAUAUAAACAAAUGAAAGUUGAAAAUCUGUUGAUCUUCUAGACUAGUACUCUUGUAGUAGAUCUAUUCUAAUCCAGUACUAGCUCUAGAUUUAGUAGACUUAAGAUUAGCAUACUCUACUACUAGAUUAGUUAGAAUUAGAUCUAGUCUGCAACUAUAAAUUUAUUAGAUCUAGUCCUAGACUUUAUUUAAGACGCUACUUCAAGAUAAUAGAUAAUCAAUAAAAAUGAUAAUCUUCAUCUUGCCUACCUUACAUGAAUGAUGAAAAGAUUAAUGUAACUUUUUAUUUUUUAGUCAAUUUAUAUUUACUAAUGCCAGUAAAAACUGAGUUAUGGUAGAUUCUAGGGUCUAUCAUCUAGAUUUAGUACAUCUGAAUACUGAAUCUGUUUCAUGAGUGUUUCUGCUACAUUCUCAGAUUCACUGAGAUUCUGAUUCUGUUGACAAUUACUGAUCAUAAUCUGAUGAUCUAGAAUCUAGAAAAGAAGCUAGAAUUUUAUAUCAAUGAUGUAAAGUAGGAGAUGAUUAUAGAUCUAAUAUUCAUAGACUGCUAGAGUAGAGUCUAAAUUUUGUAUUCUGAAUUCUCUAAUGAGACUAAUGUUUUCAUGGAUGUUACUCUUCAAGAUGUUGAGCUUUGCAUUCCACUAUGCAGACAAGAAAUUUUAUCCAAUGUUUGUCAAAGAGAAUAUGGAGACAUUGAUCAAAUUUGGGAGCUGCCUGGUCAUUUGUUCUUGACUACAGAUAAUGGAAAUAAACUUUUUACUUUUGAUUGUAAACCACUUUCUUACCAACAUCAAAAUGUAUUUGACAGCAGAAGCCUUGACACAAAUCUUUCCAGCCCACUUGUUAAUGUUGUUAAGGUUACACCUGAAGUAAUUGCUUUGAUUGAACAAAAUGGAUGUGUUCAUUUCUGGAAGUUUGGCCAAGACUUUAGUUGGAUUUUAGUAGGGAAUCUAAACUUGUGUUCGAGAAACAAAUCAGAAAUAUCUAGUGUGGCUUACCUGUCUUCUCACAAUCUGAUUGUCUGGUGUGAAAAGCAACAGCCUAUUGUUUCAACUAUUUCACCUAAUGCACAUUAUACAAACCAGCUCUGCAAAAAAGUCUUGCCUCAAGUAAUUAGUUCACAGGAUGAUCUAGACAAUAGUUCAACUUCCAUUUUUCUACACAACUGUCCUCCGUGUGAUGUUUUUGCUUUAUCAAAAGAUGUAUUGUUUGUUACUACCAGCUAUGAUCAUGAACAGAUUUCACUGCAUUUAUUAUUUGACUUUACCAAUGGCCUGACAUAUCUGUAUGCAGGAAGCUACAACACAAGCUUUCAUGGUCAAUCUUGGGAAGAUUUUGUAGAUAUAAUUACAAAUAAUUUGUCAAAUAUUAUCCAGGCUGAACUUGGUCUAGAUGACCUGGGAGUUAAGGUUGAUGCUACAGAAAGUCAAGUAGCCACACUGAACUCUGAGAAAUGUGUAGAAUUAUAUUCAUGCCAAUCUGAUUCCUUUAAAAGAAAAAUUACAAGACAGACAAUUAAUCUAAGCAUUCCGUCUUGUGAGACAUUGCCUUUAGGAGACACUUACUGGUUUCUACACAAAGCACAUAUAGGAAUAAUUCUUCAGACCACAUUGUAUUUGUACAGACUCACUGAUGGCAAACAAAUCUGUCAGGUGGAUUUCUUGGUCAACAAUAAAAUCAACAAAGUGAUAAGUAGCCAGUGCCCAUUGAUAUUUGCUUGGGUCUUAACUGCAGAUGAACUUCUAGCAUUACAGAUAACCAAGACAACAGAUAAAGAGCCUUGCUCUGAGACAGACCAACAGUUGCCUGAUGAACACAUACUACAAACAGAUAUUUUAAAGCUAGUUCAUUUGCAUGAGUUGAAAUCCAAGGAAUAUAAUUAUCAAGUUAUUCAAGAACUGCAAGAAAUAAAAGCAAGCUGCGCUGACAUAAAACAUGCUCAAAACCAUUCACAAAUUGCAACCCUCAUUGCACCAUAUUGGGAAGACUACUGGAAACUUGAAAACUUGUCAAAAACAAUUGUGGAUUCUAAAGUGAUCAAAAUCUUCCCAGAAACAAAGACGUCUGGCUCUGUUGUCCAAAUUUUAAUGGAGAAUAGAAAUUUCACUAUGACUUCCAGGCAUACAAAACUGAUCUGGCUCUCUCAGAUUUACCCAAAAGAACUUUUAGACUAUUUAUGUCAAGGUAUCAACUAUGAGACCACUGAUGUAGAUGCAACAGAAAUGAGACAAUGGCAAUGUUUGCUUGGCCUUGAAGGGGGUGAUUUGUUGAACUUUGAAUUUGUUUGCCGACUUUUACAUCAACUUUAUCCAGAAAAACUGUUCAAUUUUGUAAAAAACGCUGAGUCUGUAUGCGAACAUACUGUUGGAGUGUCUGCAUUUGUUAGGAAAAAGCAUUCUUUGAUGUACUAUGCAACAGCCUGUGAAUGUCUUCCUCCUAAUCAUUUAUCUGGUAAUCCUCCAGUGGCAGCUGCAGUCAAAGCCAAGUUGAUUCUAGCAAGCGAGAGACAAGGCUGCUUUGAAAAAGCUCUCAAGCAUUUACUACAGCAUAAACUUUGGUCUGAGGCCAUUGUGUUGAUUCAAACUAAUCUAAGAGAGAAAGAGAAGCUGACCUCCUACUUACAUAUUCUAAUCACAGCUUUGGCUCAGGAUCAAGUUUUGGACAAUUUUAUGCCUCAAUUGUUUUCCUUGUUUCCUACAUGGAAAACUGUAUUGUCUUUUGCUAAUAUUGCUGCUGAGCAACCAGCCAUUAGACAGCAACAGUUGUCAAUAUCUGCAAGAGACCUUUUUCCAAUUAACUCUCGGGAUUUGAAAUUAGCUUCUGUGAAGCCUUAUUUACUUGAGUUAGUGAAGAAAGUUAAUGAUGUCUAAAAAACUUUAUAGAUUGUAAUAAGAAUAUAUUUUACUUUUGUCUGCUCUUCUUACUCAUUACUUGAAAAUAAUUUCUAGUCAUAAAAAGAGUCACAGUGUGCAUAAAACAGUCAAAUAUAUUCAUUCAUCAACUCAUUUAAAUAUCAGUGGCUAGUUUUCAUAAAACUAAGUUAUUGCCCCUAAUGAUCAUAUUAUCUUUUCUAAGUUGUAUUUACACAGUCUGUACUGUUACUUGAAAAGGCCCAUUAUUUACACUUCAGAUGUUCUUACAUGGCCAUUAUUUCACUUGAUGAAAAUUAUUAUAAACUACCUUUUUAUUUAACGUUCUAUUAAGACAUUCCAUACGGUGCUGGUUACAAAAUGCUAAAAAUUAACUUAGCAUCAUUAGUAUAAUUAUUUAGACCUUUAUUUACCAGUGUUCUGUUGUUGUAUUAUUUGGCUAAUCUUUAUGUGACAGUUCAAAUAAGAGCCAUGAUAUAAACAAGAGUAUAUUUUUAAACCAUAUAUUUUGUAAUACUAUUUAAAAUAUAUGGUCAAUUAUUAUUUCAAAAGAAAAUAAGUCAAUGCAGGAUAAAUGCAUCAAACACAUAUUAAGGUUGUUUUUUUUUAAAUGAGGUGAACUUAACAAAACUUAAGAUUUGUAAAUGUCAAGGAUAUGUUUGUAACCUUGCAUUUUGAAUGGAUCCAGUGUAUAGUGUAAUAGUAAUAAAGUUAAUAAGCUUUGAUAUCCUGAAGGAAAUUUCUUGUGUAUAACUUCAGAAAUGAUCAAGAAAUAAAAAUAUUUUUAUUAUACAAAUAUAUGAAAUACAAUGCACAUUCAUUUAACAAUCACAGUCAAACAUUCAAAAUGUUUUUUUUAAUAUAAUUUUUAUUGCCAAAGGAACAAAAGAAUUUAUUGUGUCUGCUUUUACAAUUUUAUUUCCCUAAUGUCAGCUGUUUGUUUAUAAAAUGCAAAUAUAUUGUACCAUUUCAAUAUAUCAACUGUUUGUUUAUAAAAUACUAAUGUAUUGUACUUUUUAAUGAAUUAUCAAUCAAUAAACCAUUUUUAUAUCAUAUAUGUAUUCCAGUAUUAUAGGUCCAUGUGGCUAGGAUGAAGACAAAUUUAAAAAUUCAAAAAUAAUAUUCGUAUUGGUUAUAAAUAACUUUUAUCAAUCACAUUAUCUGUCUUUAUCACAAUGUUACACUAUGAAGGUACUAAGCUUACUAGCUACUAUGUUAUUAUUUAUCAAGACUUUGCUCUAAAAUUACAAAAUUACUUCAUUAUUUUUAACACUUAUGUUUGAAAUUAAUUGUACUACAAUAAUUGUAUCUUUAAACAAGUACAUAUAUAUAGCCAAAAAAAAUGUAUUUUAAUAAAGCUUCAAACAUUUCCACUUUUCCUAUUUUUAAUUCAGAAAAAAUAGUCCAUGAAAAGGAAAGAUAUGAUUUUAGUUAGUUUCCUUUUAUUAAGGUCUAAAAGUGUUCAAAUAAAUGAAAAACUUCACAUUAAAUAGCACACUAGAAAAGCAUCUUUUUAAUUUUAUAUGUAAAUAAACUGCCAGAAGAAUGUUUUUGUCCUCGAGAAAUUCUAAAGGAUGCAACAGAAUUAUGUCAACUAAUGAAACACACUGAUUUAUUUUAAUAACAAAAUAAAUGGAUUAAAAGUUCAGAAAAUAUCACUGCAACAAAGGUAUUUAAGCCCACAGUCAGCCGUUUAUGUACCACAAGUCUCAUGCAUCCUAUCACUUUUUCUAUAUUGUUAAAUAAUAUAAGUUUACAUCAAUUUCCAUACUGCUAUUGAUAGCCAUCUCUAGCACUGCAGAAUAGUCCAGCUGCAAAAAUAGAUAAGACCUGAACAUCAAAUGUUUAAUGAAGCUAUUUAUUAUUGUCUGAGAGUUUGACAAUUUUUUAUUUCUACUAGAAAUUUAGUCACUAAAUUAUAAUUAAUCUAAAAACCAAAAUAACAACUUUGCAUCACCAUAAAGUAGAAAAUGUUGCAAAUAUAAUCCAGGGGAAAAGGUAUCCAACUGUCAGUGACUCUAUUAACGAAAUAAAACAUGUGGGCUAGGUGGAAAAUUUCAAUACCACACAUGUAAAAAUGUUUUUGAUUUGAAGAUUCACUUAAGUAGAAUUCUCAAGGAUUGGUUGAAGCAAUGUCAUAUCUCAUUGUAGAGAAAUAAAAAAAUAUCCAGGGAUGUGUGACUGAAUGGCAUAAGCCACUUGGCUACCUAGCACGAGGGCUAGAAUUUCAAUCCUAAUGCCUAAAUUAAAUAACAUGAAAACCUAAUCCCAGAUAUUUCCCCCCCCCCCCCGGCACAUUUCCUUAUAAGAUAUUGCUACAGCAUGAACAAUGCACUAUACAGACAUAAUGCACACAUACAAAAAACUUUUUCCUGUUCAAAUUUUCUUUUUUUCACUCCAUACUUUUAGUAUACAUAUAUUUCUUGAUUGUAUUAAACUUUUAUUAUUAAAGUGUUUUAUUCUUCUUGUAGUUGGUCCCUUAAAGAUCCACUAGUUCAUUUCAGGGAGCACACCUGAGAAACAUUUCCACCCAAACCAUCCCAGGUAAAAAUGCCUGGUUGCUAGAGGAGCCUGUCUUUUUGUUCUGCUUGUUGCUCUUUCAGGUCAUUGUUACAUCACUGUCUAGAGCUUGCCUUGUCCCCACAGAGUAUGACCUAGGGCUUUUUCUUACCAAUGAUCAACAUCUGUAUUGACAGGUUUAAGAUCUUUUUUAAUAACAUUAACAUAAUGGAGGGACCAGUUGCACCCACUGCAAGCUCCCCAUUAAGAAUGACUUUAAGAACAUGUUUAUUUAAUGGGCCAAAGUAGUGUUCAUGUGUGUUGGUGAGCAUAAAAGGGGAAAGAUCAAUUUUCAAUGGGGUGUCUCUAUUGGUAUGUUUCAUUUGAGGAGCAAAGCUAAGGUACUAGAGUUUAUCUCUAAGGGUUAAACAAGUUUAACAGGGGAUGGGGUGAUAUGAUGUGUGUCAUUCUGCUGACACAGCUCAAGCAAUGUUUGCCAGUGUAGAAAGAUAAAAGCUCAAAAACUAUUUUUUUACAAUUUGUUUGAAAAUA